AGCCUGACACACUAGUUCGCAUCAGGCCUAUCAUUAAAAGUCCCAAUGAUCGCGCCAUAUUGCAAGAUACAGUAGUUUAAUAGGCCAACAGAAAUUUGCAGAUAGUUUUUCUCAAGUUUCCUUUGGCUGCUGAGAUCAUGAUUAAGAUUAGUAACGAGCAGAGAGCUUUUUGUAUAGUACAUUUCCUUACUCAUUUCGCAAGUUUCGCACAAGGCAGGGUAACAAUGAUAAAGUGUCCUUAAUGCAUUCUUUGGUGUCAAGGGUGGAAAUGGUCCCUCGGUUAGGACGUGUAAAGAAUCAGAACAAAACUCCCAGACAAAACGACCACGUUAGAUCAAACACACACCGUUCGCGCCCUUUUUAACGUCACUAGGGUGCACAAUUCGAAAGAUGAAUCCCAUGAGACGUCUGUCUGUAGACGAUGUCUGCAGCAAUGAUGUCAGUUUAAGCAUUUAUUUUAGCAUCCGUGCAAUCCAAAUAAAGACUAAAGGAAGAAAAUGGCAUAAGUCCCAAUUCCAAAAUUUUACAUUUUUCUGUUUUGGUCAAUUAUCUGUCUUAUUCUGUUUAGUUCACAAAACCAUAUUUAGUUUGAAACAGCUGUAGCCACGUACUGAUAGCACAUUCCAAACAGCCGAACAAAAAAAAGAGAAAAAGGGUGGCAGUAGUCCAUAUUAUGGACAAUUGGAAGAAAAGCCAUCGUCUCCAACAUUUUAUAUGACUAACGGUAGAACGGCAGUCUUCUUCAACAUUUUGAUGUGACUAAUGCCGUCAAAUCUAUGGCAAGCUGGCCAACUGUUUUAAGCCCAGAGAGCAAUUAAUUUCAAGAAAGAUAAAGAAAAAAGAAAAAAAGGGAAAAAUAAGACAGAGCAAAAAACAACAACAAAAAACGUUAACAACAAAAGGAACAAAAAACGGUUUCAUUAAAAACCAAUUGUAUCCUCACCACGUAUCUUUUCUGACUUGUUUAACAUAUUAUUAAAGAAUUAUUCGACAAAAUAUUUCUCGAUCACAAGCAACCUCUACCAUACAUUAAUAGACAUCAAUAAAAACAAAUGUUAACACGUUGCCCAUCGGCGACGGUGUGAUAUAUAGCAGCAAAAGUGUUGCAGCAUUGAUCUCCUUUUUGGCUUGUGCACUUGUUAAAAUGUUUCCUUUCUGGGUGGUUUGAGUGGCCUUCGAGGUCAAAUAUCAGUUUGUUUACAACAAUAAUACUGGAGUAAUUUUUGGGUUCGUAAAAUGUCGAGUAGACCUAGCAUGAGUGCUUUUUUCUUUCUUACCCCAGGAUGAGAAUUCGGGUGAUGAAUGAGCUAGAUCUAAUGUUUUCAGUUUCGAUUCUAAUUCCUUUUUUGGUUAACAUGCUAUCUUCCCUUUCAAUUUUCUCAGCAUGCUGAAAAUUUUAUAAUGGCUGGGGUAUUUAUGCCGAGAUACAGGUGUAGUACUGAUGUACAGCAUCUGCAUCCUGGUCCGUGGGGACAAGUGUUGUGCACUCUGCGCGCUGUGUCGGUGGAAAGUGUUAAAUUUGACGAGCUAGCCGAUGAAAUGUGUUCUUGUAUGAAUGCUUGUUUUUUGUGUGUUUUUCUGUAGACUUCCCAGCAAAAGUACACGACGAUCUUUGUGAACAGAAUAGCCUGCAGUACAAGAAACAUGGACGCCACCUGGACAUUCAUCACUAAGCUUAUUUUGGCAGCGGCCCUGGUGAUGUCUUCCAAAGCAUGGCGUCUCAAUGUGACGUCAUCAGAAAUCGACAUCGGUAAGACAGCUCAAGUUUCCCUGAACUGUUUCAACCAGUAUCAGCAGCAGGACAUCUCAGACCUUCUCAUGAUGAGAAUCCAGAAAAAACAGCUGACCGGAUGGUCCAGUGUCGCGGAACUUCGUCACGGCGAUGUGGACGUCAGACUCACAGCCAGUGACGUGACCGCUACGGGUAACAUUGUCUCCGGUGCGAACAGCUUCAUGCGGCUUACCUGGCCACUGGCGACCAACGACACGAUCGGUCUGUACCGUUGUGACGUAACCUUUCUGAAUUCCCAUGGCAGCGUCGGGUGGCAGAAAGGCCUACCUACUUCCAUCUCUCGUAAGAGUGACGUCACUGUUCAGAUCCUGAGCGAAAUGGUGGACGAGACCAAAAGACAAUGCACGCAGCAAAAACAAGACAUCCAAGCUUACGUAGCAGUGGCCAUAGCGGAGAACAAGAAACACUGUCUAAAGGAGAAACAAGACGUUUUCCAGAACAUGACAGUCAUACUCAAGGCGCUUGAAACUCUGGGACACACGGUGGAGGCCAACAAGCGAGAGUGCCCUCACCAAAUGCUCUCCCAAAAACGUCAGAUUCUGGAGACCGUGACGGCAGUCUUGGAGAGUAACCAGAAAGAGGUUCUACAACAGAGCCAGCGCCUCCUGGCAAACGCUUCAGCCACAAUGGGAGAAGUACAAGCCAGUUGGGAGCAAAGGUUGAGCGAUGUUGAGGACAAGCUACGGCCCCAGUCGUGCGCUGAUGCUAAGGGUUUGGGUCCUCGGCCGGUGGUCCGUCUCUCUAGCGGUCAGCGUGUCGUCUGUGACACAGUGACGGACCAGGGUGGAUGGAUCGUAAUACAGAGACGUGCUUCGGCCAACGUGGACUUUUUCCGUGGCUGGGAGGACUAUAAAAAAGGAUUUGGAGACCUACACGACAAUUUCUGGCUCGGGCUAGAGAAAAUCCAUCAGUUGACAAGUCAGGGGAGACACGAACUGAGGUUCGAUUUGAGAUUCCAAGGAAAAAACUACUACGCCAGCUACGACAACUUUUCGCUGUCUGGAGAAACAGACAACUAUAGGAUUCAGAUUUCUGGUUUUUCCGGUAAUGUAAGGGACAACAUGGCUAAGCACAACGGUCAGCAGUUCUCAACCAAGGAUCGUGACAACGACGUAUGGGACAAGAACUGCGCCAGUGUGUUCCACGGAGCUUGGUGGUACAAAAACUGCCAUUCCGUGAACCUCAACGGACUGUGGGCCAGCACAGAGAACGCGAAAGGGUUGGGGUGGCAAAGUGUAACAGGUGGCUCAGUUUCCUUCAGUGAGAUGAAGAUUCGACCAUUCGCAAAGUGACAGCUUCACGAGAAUGAAUAGCCCUGCUGAACAUAAUUAUACCUAGAUGUUUGCGUGUCCGUUUCUUGUUGUUUGUUUUUUGUAUAACACUGUGUGAACUACAUUGACAGAAUUAGGAAAAUGUCAAAAGUCUUAGACGUGUUAAAUUUCGUUUGUACCAUCGAGGCAGGUCAUUUAUUGACGUGUUAAAGAUAAAACAGCCACUGAUAGAGAUACUGAACCUUAUCAAUUUGCAUUGCACAGUAUUAAAAGUAUCGCGAGCCAAA